GCAUUGUGUGUUGUUCAGGGGAAUUUCUCUACUACUUACUUUCACUGUCACUCGGUUUCACUCCCUUUUUUUCAGUUCGUGUACCUUUCUGAUCUUAUCACAGUCCCACUGCUCUGUACCGUCAAAUAACUUAACUUGUACUUUCCAAACACACACACGCACACACACCAGAAUGGAGGCCCCGGUUACACCAUACAUCAACCCCAAUUCUUCCAUACCUCCCCCUUCUCCCAUUCGACCAGCAAUGGCCCCUUCCGUACAGUUAGGAUUCACCAUUCUCUACACCUGUCUGUACGGUGGUCUCUUUAUAAUAGUGUAUGUUCAGCUCUGGCUGCUCUUACACUAUCGUCACAAGCGGUGGAGUUACCAGAGCGCGUUUCUGUUCCUCUGCCUGCUCUGGUCAGGCCUUCGCACCAUGCUCUUCUCCUUUUACUUCAACAACGCACUGGAGGCCAACCACCUCCCCACUCCCUUCUACUGGCUCCUGUACUGUUUCCCUGUGUGUCUGCAGUUUUUCACCCUGAGCCUCAUCAACCUCUACUUCACUCAGGUCCUGUUUAAAGUCAGAGGGUUGUUCAACCUUGAGCCAAGCCGAGGAGUAUGUGUGGCACGCUGUGUGUAUGCAGUCAUGAGUAUUGUCUUCCUGUGUGUUAACAUGGUGUGUGCUGCUCUGGGCGAUCGAGGGGGCACUGGUAGGGCUGGGGAUAAGACCUGGACUCUUGUUUUGGUGCGAGUCUUAGUCAAUGACCUGCUCUUCAUUGUGGAAGCUGUGUGCUUGGCAGGAUCACUGCUUCUGCUAACCCGAUCCUCCCCUUCCACCAGCCCGUACCUUCACAGUAAGGGUACGACGGUGUGUCGGACUGCCGCGCUGGGAGCGGGCGUGAUUCUGCUCUUCCUCAGCAGAGCCUGCUACAACCUGACAGCACUCAUUCUGUCUCAGGAACACAAGGUGGAAUCUUUUGAUUUCGACUGGUACAAUGUCUCAGACCAGGCUGACUUACGCAGUGAACUGGGAGACAGUGGAUAUCUGGUGUUCGGGGCCAUUCUCUUUAUUUGGGAGCUGCUGCCAACCAGUUUGCUCAUUCUUAUCUUCAGAGUCCGACGUCCCCCCCAGGAAACGAACGGCAGACCACCCAUUAACACACAAGGCACUCGCUCGUACUUCUUCGAUGACCCUCGGGGUGUGGGGGGAGACACGACCACUCCGUGGCCCUACAGCACAUACCAACAUAACAGCUGGUUUGGAUCACACGAGACCACUCCCCUUCUGUUUGCCAACCAGACGGGACAGGCCAACCAGCACCACUCACUGUACUCAACUCCACAGACCUGACCUGCAUCAGCCAGGAGCCUGGAUCUGUGACUCUGCAAUACCUCAUCUUGUCAAGUUGACCAAUGGCUAGUUUUGCACUUAACGGCUCAGGGCGGUCUCUGAGGACCUUUUGCACCCUUUACCCUUUGAUGGCUGACCACAUUCCUGAUGUAGAAGUCUUCCCGACGGAGAUACGGUUUUUUGAUUUUUCUGUGAAGAGUUACACCAAAGACAUCCUGUUUUACUUCGGAGAUGUUUUUACAAGGGAACAUUUUAGAUUUUCAUACUUGUGACUCAGUUCAGGACCAAAAGAUUUCCUUUACUUCCAUCAUUCACUCCACUUCCACUGACCGCUGAAACGUUAAUAUAAUUCUAAAAUCAAAAUAUCUUCCUUGUUAAGAUUUAGACUGGUUUCUCUGUCAAGACUGACAAUAUUACAUGCUUUUUCUUUUGAAAAGAUAAGUGUUU